AUGAGUCGAUUUCUCGACAUUGAUCUUAAUGACAAGAGAAUUUCACUAAACUAUGGUUAUAGACGUCAAUCAUUACUUUCACUUGAACAUGCUCUUGAACCUAUUGUGCCUCGUAUUGAUCAUUUGCGUCAAUAUAUCAAGGAAGCUUUAGAAAAAUGCCAUUUUCCAUCCGAACACAACCUUACACAUGACGAAUCAGCCUCGAUUUAUCUUUAUACCAUGGAGUGGGGUGCUCAUAGUUUAUAUCGAUUGUUGAAUAAGGAUCUGAGAUCCGAAAAUCCAUCUGCAUUGUCACCAUGGGGUAAUUAUCUCAAAUUAUUCGAAAUUGCACUUACAAAAUUGCCCAGAGAAAAAAAACGUCUUUGGUGUGGUACGAAGGAUGGCGUCAACAAAAAUUUUAUUAAAGGUAGUGAAAUAAUUUGGCGAAGUGUGAGUUCUUGCUCAACCACACGUAAUGUCAUCAAAAAACUUCUCGGCAACGAUACAAAUGCUAUAUUCUUCAUGAUUGAAGCCGUAAACGGUAGAAAUUUGAGUGGCUAUACAAAAUAUCCAGAUAAAAAUGAAGUAUUGCUCGGCCCAGGCACUCGAUUAAGUGUGGAAAGUAAUGAUUUAAAAUUUAAUGAUGGUCUAAAAGUUGUACAUCUAGUAGAAAUAACGGACAACAAUAAUGAAACAUUACCAGCAGUCACGGAUACGAUUAGCAUAACGUCAAAACCAGAAAUUCUUAUUGCUAUGAAACAUGAUAAACGAUCAAUUCAAGAAUUUGUCGCCUAUUGUCGUGAUUCGCAUGGUAACGAAUUCCCAAAACGUGACAUCGAACAGUUUCAACAAGAAUAUCAUGAACAUUCACCCAUUUGGUGGUAUACAGCACCGCAUUUUCUGUACUCAGUGCUUGAACGCUCCUUGAAAACUCUAGAUUUUGAAGCGAUCAUCAAGUUGGGCUUCUUUAUUCGCGAUCUUCAUGAACAAUUAGAAAAACUUCACUCCAAACAGUUCAAGAAAGGUAAAGGAAAAUUAUUGACUGUCUACCGUGGCCAAGGACUACCACAAAGUGAUUUACAAAAAUUAAAAUCGCAUGUUGGCAGUCUGUUUUCGUUCAACCAUUUUUUAUCAGCUAGUCCAGAUCGUCUUAUUUCUAUUGCCUAUGCUAGACAGGCAGCCGAGAACCAAGAAUCUAUUGGAGUGUUAUUUGUGAUCACUGUCGAUCUAUCGAUUUCAUCGACUCCAUUUGCAAAUAUUCGAGAUUUACAAUAUCAUUCAGGUCAAGAAUUAGUACUAUUUAGUAUGCACAGCGUCUUUCGAAUUGAACGAAUUCAACAAAUAGGCAAAGGAUCUCGAUUUUGGCAAGUACAACUUACAAUGAUGGAACAUAACGAUGGCUAUUGGAGCUCUCUCACUAAAUCCAUGGGAAACGAAAUCCAAGGACCAACAGAAUAUCACCGAUUGAAUAAUUUGCUAAGAAAAAUAUGCAGUUUUGAAAAGGCAUUUUAUUUGUGCAUGAUGCCUUUGAAACAAACUAGUGAUGACUUUGAAAUGUGGAAUUUUUAUUAUCAACUUGGAAUGAUAAAAAUCGAGCUGGGUGACUACACAGGAGCGAUCUCUUAUUUUCAAAAAUCAAUACAAGUAUACGAAAAGAAAUCCGCUAUCAACGAUCCUCAUUUAGCUUCAUCUUACACAAACCUCGGUCUCGUAUAUGCUAAUCUUGGCGAAUAUUCAAAAGCAAUUUCAUGUUAUGAAAACGGAUUAGCAGUUCGUCACAACAUAUUCCCUCCCAACCAUGCCGAUUUGGCUGAUUCUUACAGUAAAAUUGGUUCGGUGUAUUGUAAUUUAGAAGAGUAUGAAAAAGCACUUUCAUUCCAUGAUAAAGCAUGUGAAAUACGUCUGAAAAUACUCCCUCGAAACCAUCCAGAUUUGGCUACCUCUUUUAGUGACAUUGGUGUAGUGUUAAACAAUGCAGGAAAAUAUUCUAAAGCGCUUCAAUUUCAAGAAAAAUCACUGGAAAUUCGAAGUAUAGUGCUACUACCAAACCAUCUUGAUUUAGCUGAUUCUUAUGAUAACUUUGGUUUGAUAUACAAUAAUAUGGGAUAUUACUCAAAAGCACUUUCAUUCUUGGAAAAAGGACUUGAUAUUCGACAACAAAUACAAAUAUCGAAUCAUCCGAAUUUAGCUGAUUCUUACAAUAACCUCGAUUCUGAUGGAUUAAAAUAA